CUAACCCCUCAAUAUCUCCAUUCUCCUAUCUCACAUUCUUUCUCUUCCUCUCUCUGUCUCUGCUUCUCUCCCUCUACUACCGAACCAGAAACCCUCGAGGCGCUUCAGUAAACUCUCCAGCCUCUAUUUCUCUCUCGCUCUCGUUCUCAUUCUCAUUUUGACAGAAAAUGGCCACAGGGCUCGGGAAAUGCUGCAGAAUCCGGCACAUUGUGAGAUUACGGCAGAUGCUGAGGCGAUGGCGAGAAAAAGCUGCAAUGGCCGCUCAGAAGUCGGCCGGUCUUAGUAUCCCCGAAGACGUUCCGGCCGGACACGUAGCGGUGUGCGUGGGCUCGAGUUGUAGAAGGUUCGUGGUGAGGGCUACUUACCUGAAUCACCCGGUGUUCAAGAAAUUGCUGGUUCAAGCGGAAGAGGAGUACGGAUUCAUCAACCAGGGUCCCCUCGCCAUCCCAUGUGACGAGAAGUUCUUUGAAGAAAUCCUCCGAUUCCUUUCCCGCUCCGACUCGACUGGCAACUCUGCUCGUUUUGCCAAUCUCGAGGAUUUCCAGCCUUCUUGUCAUGUAGGCAUCCGGAGUAAUCUCGAUUUCUGGCCCGAAUCUCGGCCGCUCCUCCGCGGCUUUACGGAUAAACCGAUCUGGUAAGUCCAGAAAGUGGGAUUCCAGAAUAAAUUAAGAAAAAAAGGGCUUUGAUUCUAAACUCGGAAGGAGGAAUUGACGCGGCGAAAUUAACUUCUGUGGACUCAUUGGAAAAGUCCUUCAAGAAGAAAUGGAUUCAGCAAAUUGAGUGGAUAUAAGUUUCUGUAAACCUUUUUUUUUUUUCUCUCCUUUUUCUGUUUGGUUCUGUAAUAGUUGAUGAAGGGUGAGCCUGCUUACCUCCGUAAAAUCUAGUGGAGAUGGCAAAGAGGUUCGCCGAGUCGUCCCGAGAUUGAAUCGGAGGGAGGAGUAAUGGAAUAACAAGCUUUAUAUCACAGGAGAUGUAAGUUGAGAGAUUUCCAGAGAACGAAGAGGGAAAGGGGAAGAAAAGAAAAGAUAUUCCUCCUCCAUUACAAUCUUCUCUCCCUCUCCCUCUCCCCCUCCCUCUCCCUAUGUUUUGUAUAUUAUGUUAUAUUUAUUGAUUAAUUGAUGGAAAAUGAAGAGAAUUCUGGCAAA